AUGCAUAUCGUCACUUAUUCAAGUUGGUAUGAGAAUAUUGUUGAAGCUAUGUCGGUGACACGAGGAUUAGCUGUAUUGGGAGUAUUCUUUAAAUUAUCUGAUAAAUCUAAUGAACAAUUACAACCUCUGAUUGAUUCAUUGCAAAAAGUAAGAGUGUACAAUACAAAAGCGCCUGUACACAAUUUUAGUUUACCACGAUUAAUUCCACAAUCAAAAAUGUCAAAAUAUUUUCGUUAUGAUGGUUCACUAACAACCCCACCCUGUUACGAGUCGGUAAUCUGGACAGUUCUCUUGGAGCCAUUAAAUAUUUCGUUUGCGCAACUGAAAGAAUUUCGCCACCUACGCGGCUCAAGUAGAGGUGAAUCACUUGUCAAUACCUAUCGAACAAUACAACCAUUAGGUACGCGAAAGUUAUUUCGAAAUUAUGCCCCAACAGCCUCACAAUCGUAUAAAAAAGGUGAACAAUUCUUAACUGUAUCAAACUUUGCAUUGGACCGACAACAGCAACAAUGUUCUUAUCGAACAAUGUUUUUAUUCUUUGGUGUUUCAAUUGUUUUGCGAAUUCGUUUAUAA